CCAUGACCAAGUUGCAGAGAAAGCAUCCAUACCUUGCGGGCAACUUUGCCCCAAUUCACACCACGCUUGAGUCUCAGCCCUGUUGUUUCGAGGGACUUAUUCCAGAUGAAUUCCUUGGUGGCCAAUAUGUUCGCAAUGGUAGCAAUCCAUUAAAGCGAGACACUCAGCGCGAUAUCCACUGGUUUGACGGAGAUGGAAUGCUCACGGGCGUCUACUUUCGGCGUAUUCCCAGAUCGCCGGGAGUCCAGCCGGUCUUUACCAACCAAUACAUCCUAACAGACCUUCAUUGUGCUGCAGAGAGAAACAGCUGGGUGUAUCCCAUUGUCCCCAGCGUUACAACUUUGACAAAACCUAAUUCAUCUUCCAUCGGGGUUUUAUACGAGGCCCUGCGCAGUAUGGCCCUGGUCUUUGCCUCCCUCUGGAGACUAAUUGCCCGACCAGUCAGGAGGAUGAGCACUGCCAACACCAGCAUUGUCCAUCAUGAUGGUCGAGUUCUGGCAACAAAUGAGGUCGGACCUCCCAUGCGUGUGCUUCUUCCGUUGCUGCAAACAGUUGGCUGGUUUACCGGCGGCAGUGCGGAGGGAGAAUCCGCAGAUGUGGAUAUUUCUGAGCCAUACUUCGGAGGACCAGGCAUGAACGGGUUCUUGCAGGAAAUGACCACAGCUCAUCCUCGUACCGAUCCCCAUACCGAGGAACUUCUCCUAUUCCACUCGACAUUUGUCCCACCAUUCGUCAAAUACUCCAUUGUACCUGCUAGAAAUUCAUUUGCAAACCGCACCCGCUUCAACCAGCGUGUCCCUGGGAUGGCCUCGGGAAAAUUAAUGCACGACUUUGGAGUAUCCCGCCAGCAUACCGUGAUUAUCGACUUGCCACUCUCGUUGGACCCGAGCAACCUCUUGUACGGGAAGUCGGUGGUGGAUUAUAAUCCAAAUGGCCAAACCCGGCUCGGGGUGUUCCCGCGGUAUCUCCCAGAGUUUGUCCGGUGGUACAAAACCAGCGCCUGCGCUGUUCUGCAUACCGUAAAUAGCUGGGAUGAACAAGCCCCCGAUGGGGUGCGUAUAAACAUGCUUCUCUGUCGAAUGAACAGCGUCGCCCCAUUGUACCAUAUGGGUAACCUGGAUGUUCCAAAGACCGUGAACAGAGUUGAGCCCGAGUGUCGUCUCUACUAUUAUCAGUUCCCACCCUGUGAGGAAGAGGCCAACGAAAUUUGUCAACAAUGGGCGCUAUCGGCCAUUCCAUUCGAGUUUCCAUGCGUGCCUCGACACCUUGAAAUGACGGAGACGCAGUUUGUCUAUGGCUGCUCGAUGCGGAAGGGGAACUUUGCCACGUCGUUCGUCAGCAGCGUCAAGAUUGACUGUCUCGUUAAAGUCGAUGUGCAGCGUCUUCUCGCACAGGCCGAAGCCGAUCCUCCGCCCCAGGUGCAUGGUUGUGUGGAUAAACGGUCAAUAGCCGAUGUCCUCGCGUCAGACAACGAUAACGAUCCGAUCCGGUGUUCAUUUGUGCCGCGGAGGGAGGCGAAGUCUGAGGAUGAUGGCUGGCUUGUCACGUAUGUCUUCGAUGAGUCGCAUCUUGACGAGGAUGGAGAGGUCACGGAUGGUUCACGGAGUGAGCUGUGGGUCAUUGAUGCUGUUGGAAUGAAGGACGUGAUCUGUAGGGUGGUAUUGCCGCAGCGAGUACCGUAUGGGAUGCACGGGAAUUGGUUCUCUGAGGAGCAGAUACUGAAUCAGCGCGCUGUAUAUCAGAUACGCGAGUAG